GCCAGGAGCAUCAUCUUAUAAAAUUAGAUGAAAAAAUGGUAUAUAAAGCCAUUGGUGUAGGAUCCAACAACAUUCAAGUGAUAAGCUCUGUAGAUAACAACAACAAUGCGGGUUCUCUUGAUAUUUUCAUUGGCAGUAACAGCUGUCUUGGCCGCUGACACUGUGCCAACCCCGACUGCUUUCCCCUUCAGUCGCGCUACGGCUAGUGCCUCAGUCGGUGCUUACAACCCUAACCGCUACAACGUCGGCAGAGUCACUAAGGCCCCAAGCGCCGGAAGUUACGACCCAGGCCGUUACAACGCGGGGCGCUACGACCCUGGUCGCUACAACCCCGGCAAAUACGACGGCAGUGGUCGUUACGUGCCUGAUCCCUCUGGUGCUUACAACGGUGACCGCGGAGACCGCGGUGGUGCUGGCGGUUUCUACAGCGGCUCAUCAGACAGAGGAGGUCCAGGCGGAGCUUAUGUAGGCAACAAGGACCAAGGAAGCAGGGGCGGCGCUGGUGGCCAAUAUGUCCCUGACAACAGUGGCGCAGUCAACUCUGGUGACAAAGUUGUCACUCCAGUAGAAGAAAACAAACCCACGGUUGAAGAAAAGCCCGUGUUAGUGGAACCCGAAGAUAAACCUGCUGUUGUUGAGCCCGUCAAGGAAGUCACAAAGGUCCCAGAAGUCGUCGUUGUCAGUUCUGCUGCACCCGUUACUAUCAAACCAGUGUACGUAAGCAGCACUCCCCUAUACGUCAGACCUACACCAACGUAUUUGCAGCCUUCAGUGAUCCCCAAGGUACCUGGGAACUACGAGUACCAAUACGGUAUCAUCCGUCAAGAGACUGACGUCCUUCCCGACGGAUACCACUAUCUCUAUGAGACUGAGAACAAAAUCCUCGCCGAGGAGGCUGGUAAAAUCGAGAAAAUUGAUAACGAAAGAGAAGGUCUCAGAGCUAGAGGUUUCUAUGAAUACGUCGGUCCCGACGGUGUUACUUACAGAGUAGACUACACAGCCGAUGAGAAUGGCUUUGUGGCCACCGGCGCUCACUUGCCUAAGUAAAUCUAGUCGUAAUAAUUGUAUAAUAGAAUGUUAAGUUUUCAGAGUUUCAAAUUCGAAAUUGUUAUGUAAAUAUAUACUUUAUUAAUCUA